GCUCUAUAUUUCAGCGCAGCCCUGUGAAACACAUCAAACUGAGAAACUAACAGAAUGCAUAGUCGAAAAACUGGAUAAAAAUGCGCAUGAGGAGUAAAUUCGGAAGAAACGGAGAUGCUAAUGAUCAGACUUCAACCCACAGAUUGAUGGAAGACAGGUCGAAGCACAUGCGACUGAGAGAAUGGCUCAUAGCGCAGAUAGACAGUGGUAAAUAUGCUGGACUGAGCUGGGAAAAUGAAGAGAAAACCAUGUUCAGGAUUCCCUGGAAACACGCGGCCAAACAGGACUACAGGCAGAACCAGGACGCCGCGCUCUUUAAGGCAUGGGCCAUGUACAAGGGUAAAUUUCAAGAGGGCAGGGACAAAGCUGACCCCUCUACAUGGAAAACGCGUCUGCGCUGUGCCCUCAACAAGAGCACAGACUUUCAGGAGGUUCCUGAGCGCAGUCAGCUGGACAUCUCUGAACCCUACAAGGUCUACCGGAUACUGGACGACACAGGAAGAGCUGCAGAACCUGCUGGGGACAGUGACUGUAGCAAAGUCUUGAGAGAGAUGCAUCUGCCCAUACAGCAGGACCUUACCUUCGGGGACUCAAACAAAGCUGAUGGAUGGAGUGUGAAUGGCAGGACGUAUGCGUGUCCAAGUAUAGGCACUAACUCCAUUCCUCUAUACCCUUCUCAGGUCCCCAUAACUGACUGCCGGCUGGAGGUGUGUUUGUUCUAUCACGGUAACCUGGUGCAGAACCUCAUCACUACGUCUCCAGACGGCUGCUUCAUUCUGCAGGGCUGCGCUCCAGUUGGGAACGAGCGCAUUUAUGGUCCUUGUGAAGCCAAGAAGGUCUUUUUCCCCCGUCCAGACAUCAUACAGCUGCCCACGGGCAUCUCCGAAGCCAUGGCCCGUCUCCUGCCGCACCUGGAGAAAGGUGUGCUGGUGUGGGUGGCCCCAGACGGUGUGUUCAUCAAGCGCUUCUGCCAGGGCAGAGUGUACUGGGACGGCCCUCUGGCAGAGAACAGGCAGAAACCAAACAAACUGGAGAGAGAGCGGACCUGCAAACUCCUGGACAUGACCAUCUUCAUGCAAGAGUUACAGAACCAUCGGCAGGGCAUUGGUCCUGAGCCACAGUACACAGUCAACCUUUGCUUCGGAGAGGAGUUCCCUGACCCCAGCCAGACAAAGACCAAGAAGCUCAUUACUGCACGAGUGAUUCCUCUGUUUGCUGUAGAGUGUCUCCGCAGGCAUAAUGCACCUAAUAAUGUGGAGCUGAAGCAAUCACCGCCACACAGGAAAACCAAUGAAUAAACAGAUCUCAAUCAGAACAGCACACGUUUCUCUAUCCCUGUGGAGGAAUUCACCAACACCGACAUUAAAAAUAUAAAUAAUAAUAAUAAUAAUAAUAAUAAUAAUAAUAAUGUGUUUGUAUCUAACAUCAGAAGAAAGGAGAAAUCUACUAUGCUAACCUUUUCAUUGACUGUAUUAAGCUUUAUGUCCUUUAUAGUCUUAUUAAUAUUACUAACCAUGAUACUGAUUAAAUUACAUUAUGAUUUCUUUAUCUUUUUGUAAAAUUAUGCUUUAAAAAUUAAAUUAAAAUGAAGAGUUUGGUUAGUCUUGUGCA